GGAUGCGGAAGGGGGGACAGCUUCAGCAGGCCUGAGGCUCCACUCACCUCCGCAUUUCAGGCAUCAACAUUUAUGAGCCAGCACCCUCUACUGGUCCCACCCAGCAGCCCCUGGAGUCUCUAGGCAAUUUCCACGGGUGGUUCAUCAGAACCGAGAAGCUCCAGCAGGGCCACAGCUGGACCGUGAAGCAGCAGUGUGUGGAUCUCCUGGCUGAGGGCCUGUGGGAGGAGCUGCUGGACGACGAGCAGCCAGACAUCACAGUCAUGGACUGGUAUGAGGACAGCCGGCUGGACACGUGUGUCUAUGAGCUACAUGUCUGGUUGCUGGCAGCUGACCGCCGCUCAGUCAUUGCACAGCACCAUGUGGCCCCCCAGACCUCUGGGAGGGGAUCCCCAGGCUGCUGGGUCCAGGUAUCCCAUGUGUUCCGCCGGUAUGGCCCGGGUGUGCGCUUUGUCCACUUCCUGCACAAGACUAAGAACCGGAUGGAGCCCGGAGGACUGCGGAGGACAAGGGUGACUGACUCCUCUGUGUCUGUGCAGUUCAAAGAGUGACUGGCUGACUCUGGGCCUAUUCAGACCCCUUGUCUUAUCUAUCCAACCCCAUGACAUCUUCCUGAUCCCUUAGCCCCUCUCUGACCCCUUAGCACUUCCCCAAUCCCUUAUCAUUUCCAUGACCUCUUAGCACUUCUCUGAUCCUUAGCACCUCACUGACCCUUAGUGCCUCCCUGACCUCUUGCAACUCCCUGACAUUUUUGCACCUCCCUAACACCUUAGUACCUCCUUGUUCCCUUAUCACCUCUGACCUCUUAGCAUCUCUCUCACCUCCCUGACCCUUAGAAGUACCUAAUUAACACUGAAAGCCUCCUUAACCCAUUAUCUCUGCCAUGUUCUCUUUACUCCUCCCAGACAGAUGCUCAGCACUACCCUGCCCCCUUAAUUUCUUCAUGACCCCUCAUCUCCUUGAUGGUUUACUACCACCUAGGCCCCUUAACCCUGCCCCGUCCUGGGCUGCUCAUUUGAAAUCUUCACACAUCCUUGAGUGUCUGACUUUUGGCAUUUCCCCUGCAUUCUCUGAGCUCUGGGAAGGCAGGGGCCCCUUCCUCCUGAGUUAGUGCUUGACAGAUACUAGGUGUGCAAUAAAGCUUUGUUGACUGAAUGAA